CCCAGUUACCACCAACCAACGAAAGCGAUCUCUUCUUCCUCCCAAACUCUUCCCCAUCGAAAUCAAUAGAUUCCGAUCACACGAUUGACGCGAGGAGCCCUAUGCGCUUAAACUAGCGAGAGCAGAAGCCGGAGAAGGCUUGGUUCUAGCAGUGGCGGCAUCGAGAGAUGCGAUCGCAUCUGUUGGCUUCGCCGCUGCGGCGAGCCAGCGAUGAGCGGUUGCUUCUGCGCUUUUAUCCGGCGGAGGAGAACCGAUUUUGAGGGGAACUAAACUGCAGAUGAGCUGGAUGCCGAGUCUCCUCACUCAGAAGCGUAGAAACGGUCCUCCCUUAGGGUUGAGGAACCUUUGCAACACGUGCUACCUCAACAGUGUCCUUCAGUGCCUCACCUACACUCCUCCUUUCGCUAAUUAUUGCCUUAGUCACACUCACUCCUCUCUCUGCGACUCAUAUGUGAAUGGGGAGAGGAAACGGGACUGUCCUUUUUGCUUAGUUGAGAAAAGAAUAGCAAGGUCUCUUAGUAUAGAUCAAGCUACCGAUGCACCAAACAGGAUUUUAAACUGCCUCAAAGUUUUUGCCGAGCAUUUUAAAUUGGGGCGUCAAGAGGAUGCUCACGAGUUCUUGCGGUAUCUGCUUGAUGCAUGCCACAAUGCGUCUCUCCGUCUGAAGAAGUUUCGACCAAAAGGUGUCGGUGCCGAGUCUAGUGAAGAGAAUACUGUUGUGAAGGAGAUUUUUGGUGGUGCGCUGCAGAGCCAGGUGAAGUGUUUGCCAUGCGGUGCGGAGUCUAGUAAGGGGGAUGAGAUUAUGGAUAUUAGUCUUGGGAUUUUGCAUAGUAGCUCGGUGAAGGAAUCAAUGCAUAAGUUUUUUCAGCCAGAGAUUUUAGAUGGCAACAAUAAAUAUAAAUGCGAAAGUUGUAAGAAACUGGUGACCGCGAGGAAGCAGAUGUCAUUACUUCAAGCCCCUAAUAUUCUUGUUGUCCAAUUGAAAAGAUUUGAGGGAAUUUUUGGUGGGAAGAUUGAUAAGCCCAUUACAUUUGGUGAGAUUCUGGUUCUCUCCACCUUCAUGAGUAAAGCAAGCAAGGACCCUCAACCAGAGUACAAGCUUUUUGGGAUCAUUGUGCAUUCUGGAAUUUCUCCUGAAUCAGGGCACUAUUAUGCAUACGUUAAGGAUCCUUUGGGCCAAUGGUAUUGCUGUAAUGAUUCGUUCGUCUCGAUCUCCACCUUGCAAGAGGUUUUGUCGGAGAAAGCUUAUAUUCUACUUUUUAGCCGUUCCAACCAGAGACCGGCAUCUGCUAAAACUCUGGUAAUAUCCAGUGGGACUACUUCUCGUGAUGGUAAUGGCUGUGAGACAUCAAAGCCCCGGAAGUUUAUUGGUCCCCUUAAUAAUGUCAACAUGAAUCCACGAGCCGAGCAGUCCAACUUCCAUAAAGAUAAUAACAUGUCUUCUUCAAAGCCCCAUAAGUUUAUUCGUCCCAAUGCUAACAUGAAACCACGAGCAGAGCAGUCCCUUCACAAGAGCAACACUAUUCCUCCCAGAGUUGAAAAGGCUCCGUUGAAGCCGCAUGCAAAUAUCAGUACUUCUGUCAACCUUGGUUCCAAAAGGGUCACUCCUACUGUCAAUGGCUGCCAAGUUCAGGACAUAGCUCUAGAUUCGGAUAAAGAGAAUAUUGGAUCCGUUUCGGCAAUGAAGGUUUACACGUGUUCUGAGAUGAAGUUCGGUACUGAAAAUGGUGGCAGUGGAGUUGAAGAAAACGGCAGUGCACAAGGUAGUAGUAGUCAUAACAAUGAAGUGAAAUUGCAUCCCCAUGAGCCUAACGGCUCCAGCAAUGGGGGUGAUCAUCACAAAGAUAACUUGCUUCAUCCAUGGAAGAGUAAUGAUGGUUCACAAAAUGAAACUGAUCACCAGGAAAUUGAAAAGGACGGUGUUAGCACAACCCCGUCCAAAGUCUUGGCCCCUUCGACAAAGAAAGACCCCUGCAUUUUGCUUAGAAAAGACGAACCGUCUCGGCAUGAACUUGAAGCAAUUAAAGAGAGCCUGAAGAAAGACGCGUCCUCAUUUCUACGGACAUGCGGAUGGUAUGAUCAAGUACACUCCUCCAUGCGUGCCAAGAAGAGAUUGUGUUCAGAGCAAUCAGGAGGAGAUGGGGAAGAUAGCAACGACUUAAAUUGGACCCUGUGCAGGAGGAGGUUGAUAGGAGAUGUAAAAUCAAGUUCCCUUCAGAUUCCAGAUGAAUUGAAAGCGCAUCUUGUAAACCGGCUCCGGAAAAUUGGCAAGAAGAAAUACUCGUGAACCAUUCAUGGUUUGCUUAACCGGUUCAAAGUCUCAAUUUGGUCCCUCUACACGCGCUUAAGUCCUCAUUUUCAUCACAUCGCUCCCGUUGGUUGUGUGAGAUACAGAGAGAACGGACGGAGAUUUUUUUUUCCUGUGAGGGUGAAAAGUGAAUUUAAUUUUUAUUAUUGUUACGUUUUUGGAAGAGAGUAACAAGUAAUUAACGAAAAAAAAAGAUCUCAUACUGUAUAAUAGUUUGUGCUUUCUCUGAACUUUUUUCUCCACUAUGGAUGAUUUACACAACGUA